UCCGACCGACACACCGAAUCCGACUUUACGCGCAGGAGAGGGCGGCCCCGGCGGCGUGUAUUCGUCUGCUAAAGGCUGAAAGUAACACUGACAGUCCCACUUUAAUGGGUGACGCGCUUAAAAGACUUUUGGGAAAGCUAAAGGGAAAUUUACCAUCGUCUUUUAAUCCGGACGCUGUGCAGUUUUCUCGUUUGAGUAAGAGACUGAUUCCCUAACUCCGGUCGCAACUGUCCGAAAAGUAUCGAAGGAAUCACUCGUAUGUGAUCUGCGUUAUUAUUGCGGUGUUGUGCGCAAAUGCAAUUAUGCGAAAUUAAAUUAGCGAAGUAAAAUCAGAGCAGAAGCUCGCCGGCUGUGCAACCCGGCAGUUUGGAGACAGUCUGAAUCGUUUGAAUCAGGCUUCAUAUUCCGAACAUGGUCCAAUAAUUGGAAGACAGAGAGAGAGAGAGAGAGAGAGAGAGAGAGAGAGAGAGAGAGAGAGAGAGAGAGAGAGAGAAAAGUAAAAAAUAAACAGUUAAAAGGACAUUUGGGACACUCUGAGGCGUGUUUGUGGGAACGUCUGGUCCUCACGUCCAGGUGUCCCGCCGAGCGGUGCGGAGUCUCCAGCUCAGGCCGGCAGCGCUGACAUGCUGCCCAAAGUCGAGACUGAAUCCCUGGGACUCUCUCGAUCGUAUGGAGAACAAGGGCACAUGCCACGGAAUAUGCAAGCACCCCAGUUAAAAAUGAUGGACUACUCAUAUGACGAAGACUUGGACGAGAUGUGUCCCGUGUGCGGAGACAAGGUUUCAGGCUAUCACUACGGACUUCUGACUUGCGAGAGCUGCAAGGGCUUCUUCAAGCGCACCGUCCAGAACAACAAACGCUACACAUGUAUAGAGAACCAGAGCUGCCAGAUUGACAAGACCCAGAGGAAGCGCUGCCCGUACUGCCGCUUCCAAAAGUGCCUCACCGUCGGCAUGAAGCUUGAAGCUGUGCGGGCAGACCGCAUGCGUGGUGGUCGCAACAAGUUCGGCCCAAUGUACAAACGUGACCGGGCCCUCAAGCAGCAAAAGAAAGCACUGAUCCGAGCCAAUGGCCUAAAGAUUGAAGCCAUGACCCAGGUGAUGCAAGCCGUGCCCACCGACCUCACCAUCUCCUCAGCCAUCCAGAACAUCCACUCGGCCGCAUCCAAAGGCCUUCCACUGAGCCAUCAUGCUGGCCACCACACUGGUCAUCACCACCACCACCACCACCAUCAUCAUGCCACUGCCCUGCCCCCCACAGACUACGACCGCAGCCCAUUUGUCACUUCACCGGUCAGCAUGGCAAUGCCACCACACGCCGGCAGCCUGCAGGGCUACCAGGCGGCCUACGGACACUUCCAGGGUACACGCACCAUCAAGUCUGAGUACCCAGACCCAUACACCAGCUCGCCGGAGUCCAUCAUGGGCUACGCCUAUGUUGAUGCCUACCAGUCAGGCUCGCCACCCAGUUUCCCACACCUGAUUGUAGAGCUGCUUAAGUGCGAGCCAGACGAACCUCAGGUUCAGGCCAAGAUCCUGGCCUACCUGCAGCAGGAGCAGGCCAGCCGAGGCAAACACGAGAAGCUCAACACCUUCGGCCUCAUGUGCAAGAUGGCUGACCAGACACUCUUCUCCAUCGUGGAGUGGGCACGCAGCAGCAUCUUCUUCCGUGAACUCAAGGUGGACGACCAGAUGAAGCUACUGCAGAACUGCUGGAGUGAACUCCUCAUCCUCGACCACGUCUUCCGGCAGGUGGUGCAUGCCAAGGAGGGCUCCAUCCUAUUGGUCACUGGCCAGCAGGUGGACUAUGCAGUGAUUGCAUCACAGGCGGGAGCCACCCUCAAUAACCUGUUGAGCCACGCCCAGGAGCUAGUGGGCAAGCUACGCUCCCUGCAGCUGGACCAACGGGAGUUCGUCUGCCUCAAGUUCCUGGUCCUAUUCAGCUUGGAUGUGAAGAACCUGGAGAACUUCCACCUGGUAGAAAGCGUCCAGGAGCAGGUGAAUGCAGCGCUGCUGGACUACGUCAUGUGUAACUACCCGCAGCAAACGGACAAGUUUGGCCAGCUGCUUCUCCGGCUGCCGGAGAUCCGAGCCAUCAGCCUGCAGGCCGAAGAAUACCUUUACUACAAACACCUGAACGGCGAUGUUCCCUGCAACAACCUUCUCAUUGAAAUGCUACAUGCCAAGAGAGCUUAGGAGGGGACUGCACUACCCACAGUGCAGUUGUGCAGACAUCCUGAGAGUUUUGCUGCAGCCCAGAAACUCCAAAUAAUGCUUUCACCAAACUGAACCUCUAGCUCAGACUUGACGGUGUCAUGCGCACACACCAAGAACAAAUGGAUCCCUUUAUUCUAAAAAAAAAAAAAAAAGUCUGAAAGAAGAGCCGCUUCUCCUCAACCACACAAAGACAAUACUUAAAGGAAAAAAGCAAGACAAUUGAAACGAACACUGCGUUUGACACUUCGUGAUGGGAUGUAAUCAUCUGCGCUAGCCCAGACUACUAAGACUGGCAGGCUGCAACUUAAAGAAUUAACAACCCUUGAGUGUUUUAGUGCUGGUGACACUGUGAGAGGCUUUUUGUGCUGAGGAAGGAAGCUGAGAAACACCAGCCAUCUUUCAGCUUUGUGACUAGAGCGGUGGCUUAUUUUGGUCGACGAUCCUCCGGCGUGCUCUGAAACUGAAACCGGCUUUUAGCUGUCGUUGGUACUGUAAAGACAAACGGACAAGCAGUCAGACAGGCCAGAGACUCUUACCUACUGUCAUGUCUGUUUUUUGAAUUCACAUAAGACACCUGCCACGGCAGCUUGACCUGACUGAAAAGGUAGAACUGAUGGUUAAAAAAAUGAAGGUCUAAAAAAGGAACAUUCUUUGAUGAACAAAAUGAUAAAUAGGCCAAUAAGAAGAAAAAUAAGAUGUUUUUUUUUCUCUUGUAAUGGAAGUCAUUUGCUUCUCAUGGUCACCUUGUGGUUUCCCUUUCUUAUUCCACCUCCCUGAAUCAUUUUAAACUAUGUACCUCAGAAAGACCAGUGUUAAAUAAAUUCAAUUAAUAAUGUCAGCUGAAACAAUUGUAUUUAUAGCCCUUUUUUCCUGCAAAAAACACCCUCCCUUUUUAUUAUUUCAUUACAACUGGAACAAAAACAAAAGUGUGAUUCUGGAGACGGAGGAGGAUCGACCCUGCCUUUGUCCGGAAAGACCAAAGCCUGCUGCAGAACAGAAGAAGGAAAUUACAAAAACCUUAAUAAUCAGUAUUAUAAGAGAAAAAAAAAAAAGAUUUGUGAUGUCACAGUUAUGUGAGUCUUGCCUUAUUUCAUUACCAUGCUAGCUAACCGUGCAGAUGUGAAUGGAAAUAUGUACAAAUAUAUAUAUAAAGUAUUAAUGUUGUAAAAAUUUAAAAAAGAAUAAUUCAACAGGUGUUUACAUUCAUGUGGUCAUAUGGGAGAGAACUGUGAUGAAGCAUAAAUUGCAAAGCAAUGAUUUCCUAAAAAAUGAAAUCAAUGAAAUGAAAAAAAAAAGAAAAAAAAAGAUCCCUCUGGUUUGCUUUCUUUGGUGCGUGUACAGUGUUUUAUUUUUUAUUUGUUUUGAGCAGUAGCCUACUUAAAUUAUGUCGUGAGACACUAAAAUCACAAAGGAAUCACACUUAAGAUAUACAUUUUUAUCUGUGUCUGCUGGCAUUCAAACAUUUGUUUCUUAAGCAUUUCUGUGUAAGGGUUCCGUUUCACAUUCAACCUUUUUUGUAGACUUUUCUUUUCUUUUUUUAUUUACAGUGCUUUUACCUUUUUGAUGUACAGUAUGUCACUGGUUACGCUUAAAAAUUAAGAUAAUUUAUUGCGUCUCUGGGUUUCCAUCUAUGUGUUACAUGACGUGAGGUGUCCGCACCAGAAUAAAUUUGUUUACUGUA